AUGGCGCUGUCCGUCUUUGUGCCGAUCGCGUACAUUGCGACGCUGUUCCUUGCGCUCGCCGCCUUUAGCAAGGUGUACCGGCGGCGCGAGACCAAGCGCAAGACUGCGUACCAAGUGACGAAAACCGCGGACGAGGACGUGAACGCCCCCCGCGCCAUUUAUAACGCGCUCGCCGGCGUGCAGGACGAGUUCCCCGAUGGCGACGCCAACGAUCCCGAAUGGAUCGUGCCGCGUGCGACGCUGCAAGGCGCGCUGAUUGCGCGCGCCGUGGCGGCGCUCCGGAAUAUGUCGACGCUGCGUUCCGACAAGCAGGCGCUCGCGGCGCUGCUCGAGCGCGGCUCGGUCGGCGACGAUGCGGCAGUGCUGCUCGAGACGAUGGACGAGGAUAUCCGCGCCGAGGUCAUGGCGAUUGUGCGCGAGGCCGGGCGCUUUGAGCAGAGCUGGAGCAAGCUCAUCUUUCAGAGCGCCGGCGAGAUCUCGUCGAAUCUGCGCUACCGCGACGUGCUGCUCGAAAUUAACAAGCAGCGCGAGGAGGAGGCUGCCAAAACGCGCCAGCUGGGCCUGCCUGUGCCGACGAUAAGCGCCUAG